UGAAGCCUUUUUUUUUUGGUUGGUAGUUGAUGUUUGAUUGUUCAUUACUUCAGUAGAUUUAAAUUAAUUUUUGUGAUCUUUCUUAUUUAUUCCGUAUAAAGACAGAUGCUUGUUGUCUACCGUUUUGGUGGUUUUCUAAACGUUGCAGGUUUUUCAAACUUCAACGGUUGAAAAAUACACCAUUUAUAAAUGAUUUGGAACUUGAAGCUUUAAAGAAACUCAAUUAGUCUUUGUGGCAUGAAUCUUUAUGUGCUUUUAUUUUUUUAUUUUAAGAAAAAACAAAGAAACAGAGUAAUCAGAAAUCAAAAGAUAAAGAAAUAGUUAGUGAGGUGGAGUCAGAUUUGUGCUUGUGGGGUGUCUGGUUUUUUAAUAAUUUAGUGCAGGUAGUGAUAAUUAUUUUGUGUUAAGAAUCUGUUGGCUAUGUCCCCUGAGCUAACUGGGUGCGCCCGGGCUCCGUGGGCUUUGCCGGUGACCAAGGAAACAACCUCUUCUAUGCCUCUCUUGCCAUUUAAGAGAACCUUUUGUUAAAAAAUUACUCAAACCCUCUCUACCUUGCCUUCAAUUUUCUAUUAUUCUAUCUUAUUAGGACUCCCUGCCUCGAUUGCUGUCAAGAUUCGGUCAUACCCUUCAGGCAUAUAUCCUUACCCUUUCUUUUAGAUCCUUUACUCUCUUUUAACCCAAAGAGUUUGUCAUCUCAAAUUUGGUCCCCACAACUGGGGAAUUUACAUUCCAUUCCUGGAAAAUUUUCCUCGAUUUCGGUAAUGUGUGUUUUAUUACUGGACAUGUGGUGUAGUGAGUCUGAUAAGUUUGAUUUAAAACUGGUCAGCUGAGCAGUGAGGAAGGUGGCUUUGAGGUAUCAGUGGAAAAGUAGAUCCUUUGCUUGCCAAGAUGAAGUUUAUGAAACUUGGAUCGAAGACGGAUUCCUUUCAAAUAGAUGGUAAUGACAUUAGGUAUGCAGCAAGUGAGUUGGUGACUGACAUUGUUGUUGUUAUCGGAGAUGUAAAGUUUCAUUUACAUAAGUUUCCUCUUCUGUCAAAAUGUGCCUGCUUGCAGAAGCUGGUAGCGACCUCUACUGAAGACAACAGUAAUGAAGCUGACAUUUCCAACAUUCCCGGUGGUCCUGCUUCCUUUGAAAUUUGUGCCAAAUUUUGUUAUGGAAUGACCGUGACCCUCAAUGCUUACAAUGUUGUGGUGGCUCGAUGUGCGGCAGAGUACCUGGGAAUGCAUGAAACUACUGAGAAAGGAAAUCUCAUUUACAAGAUUGAUGUCUUCCUUAGCUCCAGCAUUUUUCGCAGCUGGAAAGAUUCAAUCAUUGUUCUACAAUCGACCAAGUCUCUAUUACCAUUAUCUGAGGAUCUGAAGAUAGUCAGCCAUUGCGUUGAAGCUAUAGCAACCAAAGCCUGUGUUGAUGUUUCUAAAGUUGACUGGUCAUAUACCUAUAACCGUAAGAAGCUCCCAGAGGAAAAUGGGAAUGAUCCAAGCUGGAAUGGUGUCAACAACCGAGCAGUACCGAGGGACUGGUGGGUUGAGGAUUUAUGUGAGCUUGGAAUUGAUCUAUAUAAGCGUGUUAUAAUGAAUAUUAAAACCAAAGCAAUACUUCCUAGUGAAGUGAUUGGAGAAGCCUUGAAAGCUUAUGCUUACAGAAGGCUGUCAGGUUUCAGCAAGGGUAUGAUCCAGUGUGCCGAUGUGUUGAAGUAUGGAACAGUUGUUGAUACAAUUGACUGGCUGCUGCCUGUAGAGAAAGGCUGUGUCUCUUGUAGUUUCUUGCUCAAGUUGUUGAAAGCAGUCAUUCUUUUGGACUCAGGAAAUAUUGUCAAGGAGCAGCUCGUAAGAAAAAUAGGACAGCAACUAGAGGAGGCAUCCGUCAAUGAUAUUUUGUUAAGGACACCUGAAGGUGAAAGUACCACGUAUGAUGUUGACACAGUACACAAAAUUGUUGAAGAAUUUUUUAUGCAAAAUCAAAAUGCUGAGAUUGAGUCACCAGAAGAAGAUCAAGAGAUUCAAGUGAUAAGAAGCACAGGGAUUUUAUCUGAUGCUUCCAAGCUGAUGGUAGCAAAACUGAUUGAUGGAUACCUGGCUGAAAUUGCAAAGGAUCCCAAGCUGCCAUUGUCAAAGUUUGUUGAUCUUGCGGAGUUGGUGUCAGGUAUCUCCAGGCCAGCUCAUGAUGGGCUUUACCGGGCCAUUGACAUGUACCUCAAGGAGCAUCCAACAAUCAGCAAAAGUGAAAGAAAGAAAAUAUGCAAGCUCAUGGACUGUAGGAAGCUAUCAGUAGAUGCAUGCAAACAUGCUGUACAAAAUGAGAGACUUCCACUGCGUGUUGUUGUCCAGGUACUCUUUUUUGAGCAAGUCAGGGUUGCUGCCUCGUCAGGUUGCAGCACUCCCGAACUACCAAAAGGUCUUAAGGAUCUAAAAUAUGGAUCCCAUGGGAGCUCAAGGUCCGCAGCAACCAAUCCAGAGGAAGAUUGGGAUGCUGUGGCCACAGCCGAGGAGCUGAAGGCCCUAAAAGGGGAGCUUGCUGCCCUGAGGUUGAGCAAUGGAAUGGGAGGGAGUGAGAGAAAUGGUGGCGAUAUUAAAACUGGUUUUGAGAAGGCUGCCAUUGGUAAAAUGAAAGGUAUGCUCAAGUCCAAGAAGAUCUUUGCAAAGCUCUGGUCGAGCAAAGGCGGACAAGGAGACAACAGCGGCUCAGAUUCAUCUGACAGUCUUGGUUCUGUGAUCCCAGAAGAAGCUAAAUCCACACCAUCCAGAAAAAGGCAUUCAGUUUCUUGAUAGACCAAAAUUAUAUAGUUGUUUUUUGGUUCUUUGUACUUUUAUAUUUUUGGUUUUUACCUCCCUUAAUGACAUUAGAAACUUCAGAAUCUAGUGUUUGUGUUUUAAUUGAUCAAAAAAUGAAGCAUAUAUAGUUUGGUAGAAGAGUUUGGAUUUGACAUUACAAAAAUGAACAUUACCAGAAAUCUAAUCACUAUAAAGUUAACGUUUGA